GUAAAUGUUCUUCUCGUGAAAACGGUUGUAGAGAUAUGUCCUGUAUGUUACAUUUGGUCUGUGUAGUCACAUUAAGUUGCCUGUUGAAACUAUGCUUGAAUGGUUUAUAGCAGUCAAACGUUGGGUUAGCUUGACCAGAUAAAUACGCUUAUUGAGCUAGCUUGCUAAAACUGACGCGUUGAUUAAAAAGAAGCUAGCAGACCCACACCUGGUUGCGAGUAUGAUUGUGAUUUCGGAUGUGUCGAAGAGCCACGCUGGGCCUCUGUUAACAGGGGUGUGUUGAUCUGCGAUGAGUGCUGCAGCAUCCAUCGAGGGCUGGGGCGACACAGCUCUCAGGUCCGACAUCUGACUCAUUCUCAAUGGCCAUCAUCCCAGUUACAGAUGGUCCAGACACUGUAUGGUAAUGGAGCUAAUUCCAUAUGGGAGCAUAGCCUUCUGGACCCUUCUUCUUCUGUGAGUGGGAAGCGCAAAGCCAACCCCCAGGACAGAGUUCAUCCCAACAAGACGGAGUUCAUCAAGGGCAAAUAUCAGAUGCUGGUGUAUGUCCAUCGCAUGCCUUGUCGGGAGGACGACAGUGUAACCGCAAAAGACCUCAGCAAGCAACUGCACUCCAGUGUUCGGACUGGAAACCUGGAGACCUGCCUAAGACUCUUAUCUUUGGGAGCACAGGCCAACUUCUUCCAUCCAGAGAAAGGCAACACUCCACUACACAUAGCGGCAAAAGCAGGACAGGUGUUACAAGCAGAACUGUUGGCGGUGUAUGGAGCUGAUCCCGGGGCUCUGGACUCCAGUGGAAAGACCCCCAUCGAUUAUGCAAGACAAGCUGGGCAUCAGGAUCUGGCAGAGAGGCUGGUAGAGAUUCAGUACGAACUCACUGACCGCUUAACAUUUUACCUCUGCGGAAGAAGACCAGAUCACAGAAAUGGGCAACACUUCAUCAUUCCACAGAUGGCCGACAGCAGCCUGGAUUUGUCAGAGUUUGCAAAAGCUGCAAAGAAGAAGCUCCAGUCGCUGAGUAACCAUCAGUUUGAAGAGCUUGCCAUGGAUGUUUAUGAUGAAGUUGACAGAAGAGAAACAGAUGCAGUGUGGUUGGCCACUCAGAACCACAGCACACUUGUAACAGACACCACAGUUGUGCCUUUUCUGCCGGUCAAUCCAGAGUACUCGUCUACCAGAAACCAGGGUCGUCAAAAAUUGGCACGGUUUAGUGCUCAUGAGUUUGCCACCCUGGUUAUUGAUAUCCUCACUGAUGCUAAACGGCGGCAGUGGGGGAAUUCCUGCGACAGUCCCAAAGAGAACGUGGAGUUGAUCCUUCAGGGAAUGGACAGUCGCCAUAACAGUGAGAGCCAGGAUAAUGACCAGCCUGAUUACGACAGUGUGGCAUCAGAUGAAGAUCCGGUGCAAGAGGCCACCUGUGGGGACAGCAGCACUGACCGAAGGACCAAGAGCUCGGAGUCGUCCGACCUCUCCGAUGGACCAAUCACAGUGCAUGAGUUCAUGGAGGUGAAGAGUGCCCUCAACGCAUCGGAAGCCAAAAUACAGCAGCUUCUCAAAGUCAACUGUCACCUCAGUGAAGAGCUGCGGAGCAUGCAGAGCAAGCUGAACUCCCUGCAGACUGAAAACACAACACUGCGAUGGCAACCCCCCAGUGGACAGCAACAACACCUACAGGGGCCCCUUGGUCGACAACCGCCCCGCGGCGGUCGGGCCAUGUCCAUGUAUGAGACCGGCUCUUCCCCGAGGCAGUACCCCCACCGAGUGGAAGCGGCUCGGCAUGAGGACGGAGUCGUUUUACAACCCUUCCCCACCAACAUUGGGAGGGGUCCUUUGGGGACGGCUGCUUCCUCCCUCCCUACCUUCCCCUCUUCCCUGUCCUGGUCGUGGGAUGAGCGAUCUCGAAGGGGCUGCAGUCUGGAAGGACAGAGUAUGAUGCUGGAGAACGACUACGACACUACGCCCAACCACUCUGAACUGGAGGAGGCAGGCAGCCCUCUCCCUGCCUGUGAAUCAGUGGAGCAGGGGGAGGAGGGUGAGGAAGAUGCCACCCUGCCGUGCACAGAGGAUGUCAUCUGUAAGACCGAGCAGAUCACUAAGAACAUCCAGGAGCUGCUGAGAGCUGCCCAGGAGACCAAGCAUGAAAGCUUCCUGCCUUGUUCAGAAAAGAUCUGCGUGGCUGUGAAAGAGAUGGCCGCCCUGUUUCCCAAGAGGCCGUCCUCGGACACGGUGCGAGGGUCUCUGUAUCUGCUCACGUCCAGCGCCAGCCGGCUUCACGGAGAGUGCCUGAAGGCCGCAGAGCACAACCCCUGCCCGUCGGAUAUCCAGCUGGUCACUCAGCAGGUCAUCCAGUGCGCCUAUGACAUUGCCAAAGCUGCCAAGCAACUUGUCACUGUGACAACCAAAGAAAACAAUAACUAACUAAAAACCCAAAGACAUUCCUGAUGCACCCAAAAUAGUUUAUUUAGAUGUCGCUAAUUUCAAUUUAAUCAGUGUUAACACCAUUAUUUCUAAUAAGUCUGCAAUUAUUUGCGUACAUUCCUUUAAAACAGAUGCACCAUGUAAAAUGACAGACCAAUCCAAACAUUAUGAUAUUUUGUUGUUUUUGUAUUGUGGUAAUACAGAGUAAACAAACACCUUUAAAGCUGUAGGAUAGAAUCUGUUACACCUCCUAACCUCACGAAGAGAUAACAGUUUAAUCCACACAAAAUCUAAAAGUGCAAUGUUGUGUAUAUAUCUAAACAAAGAACAACAAGCCUUCCACAUUGUACUUUUCCACAUAGAGGUCAUCAUAGAUACACCUUUAUCUACACCAGUUUCAUCUGUUUAUUUCCCUUUUUAUUUCAAAUGUUUUUAAGAUGCAAUGACAGUAUUUUAGUCUUGAACCAUUGUGAUGCCACUUGCUUUGAUUUCAAAUGUUUGUUUAGUGAGCAAACUGUGAUUAUGAAAGUAGCUUCAGUGCAUAGAGCACCAUGUAAGGCCAGCAGUACAAACGGUGUGCAAACCUUCAUUCCAUCCAGCAGCUCCAGCAGGGGAUUCCGCAAGGUGACUGUAGUUCUUGGAUUUAUAAUGUUACAGCCAUACUUCUGAUGUUGUGUGCAUGUAUGUGUGCGAGUGUGUGUAUGUGUGUGUGUGUGGGUGCAAUUGUUACAGAGAUGGCCUCGAUGGCCCCUGUGAAACCCAUUUUGAAUCAAUUGUAAUAGCAUUAUGCAAAUAUAUAAGAUGUAUGUAUCUAUGUAAUUCUCUAUCAAAAUAACCCAAAUGCUAUUCUAUUUAUGAACUGUGUGUCAUACCUCUAAGAAAAUAUUAAUGUUUAUUUUCAUAAGCUUAUGUUUAACACGAUGCUCCUCGCAGACUAACUUUUGUUCUGAGGUUUGGGACGUCUCAGCUGGCAGUGAGUUAUGGGCAACCUGUGAUCUCUGUUUAUUUGGUGUGGUGCUGUAACUCCAGUGUGUUCAAUGCUACCUGUGGUCACAUGCGUACAGCUAUGGUUUACAAUCACUGAAGUCAAUGUGCCCUUAAAGUUAGUGUAGAACUCGGGUCUAAUGUUUCACUUGUUGUUGUGAGCCGGAUCAGUCUCGACCAGGGGUGGGAAGCUCACCGGAAACCACUGCACAAGCUGACACCAAAAAUUAAAUAUUGCUCAAGUAGCUGUAGAAAAUAUUUCUCAAUAGGUUGCCUAAGGAUUGGUAUAAGGUAUAAGCAACCAAAAAGAGGAUUAUUAAAAUGAUUCAAAUUAUCUUCAGUACAGAUUAUUACAACAUUAAAGUAUUCUGUUUAUUUCAGAAGUCUUCAAAGUUAUUUUUGUUUUUGACCAAUUCUCAUGGUUUUAGGAUCAUUUGACCACGCAAAAGGUUUUGGAUUUUUCUGACACUGAUUCUCUUAAUGCAACACUUCAACAUUCCAGUAACAUUUAAACAGAUGCUUCAACAUCUGUUUAAAGUGUUCCAACUGUGGCCACCAUAAACUAGUGGUCAUAACCCCUGAGUGUAAUGAUUUGCUGAAUCAUGCAUUUUAUUGCUUAUGAUUUCAGCUUUCAUUUGUACAAAAGAAGAAAGUGUUAUUUCCUCUUUAAAGAUUUGCAGUCUUCUUGAAGGUCAUUUCUGCCCAUGUGAUGGGGGAAAAAUUAUCCUGCUAGUCAUUUUAUUGAUAAACAUUCCUGAAAUAAUGACGUAGUUUAUAAUUCAUUGAGAUAUUAAGUCAUUAUUUUGAGAACGUUAAUCAUUAUAAUGACUUGCAGGAUCUUUUUUUUUAAAGAUGUAUGUUGUCUCGCUGGCAGCAAUGGGCUUCCAUAUAUUUUAAACCAAAUAUAAUGAUUGGGCCAAGGGACUUACAUUUACCUACUAAAUUAGGAAAAGAAAAUAAAUUAUAAAGGCUAUAAAAAGAACACAUUUUAAGAUUAUGACUUUUUUUUUUUUUUAAACUAAAUUAAUCAAAAGCUGAAAUAAAAAGUGCGUGUGUUCAGUCUCUUUCCACCCCUGGUUUCAACCCUGACAUUAAAUAUCCUGUAACUUCUAGCCUGCCACUGCCUCUGUGGUUGAAAACAAUUCCUGCCUUAGGUUUAAUAAAGUAUAAUUCAUACCUCAAAUA